AUGUCUUUGGAGGAUCUUCUAGCUGAUGAAGGUUUUAAGACAUUCAAGGGAAGAAAAUCGAGGACAAUUAGUAGAGCUUCUACUGGAAUUGUGUCAAAAAGAAUACCGGUUUACCCACCACGAGAUGAACAUAAACAGGGUUCUUCAGUUCGUUUAAGAAAGACUGAAAGGGCGUAUUCUGAUGUUAAUCGAUAUGAUAUGAGUGUUAAGUCUCCAUUGACUGAUUUAGUCAAGGGUCGGCGAUCAUUAGAUGUUUUCAAGAGGGAAAAACUUGUAAAAAGAUCUACAAAUGGCACGAAUGGGAAGCAUAUUAGAAGCCGUUCUCAAGAAAUACAUGUUGAUAUUGAAACUAGUACCGAGUUGUCAAAGCCAUCUUCUGUUGGUGAACUAGCUCUUGAUGAGUUAGCGAUUAAAGCCAUUAUUCAUAUGCUGAAUGUUCAUACUAAACGUUUUAUCAAAGACCGAGAUUUUAGGACAUCACUGCAUCAUAGUUGUCUUGAUUUGCUUAUUUCUACAGAUCUUAAUGAUGAAGUCAAAGUUAUAACCAACCUUGAACAAGCCAUAGAAUCAGUCGAACGUGCCACAGAAGAUCAGGCUGAUCCAAAGUCAUUAAAAAAAGCUGCUUUACAGCUUAGUGUAAUCACGGGUCUGAAUAAAAACGAGCUAAAAGAUGGGUUUACAUCCGGGAUAUCCAACUCUGUUUUAUCAAAUUGUGGUCAUCUUUACCUUAGUGUGAUAUAUUGUUUACAAAAUAAAGAGCGGGUUGCAGCCAGACAUCUUUUACAAGUGUUUAUUGAUUCCCCUUUCUCUGCGAGGACGACGUUGGUUCCUGAAUUGUGGGACAACAUUUUUCACCCUCAUUUAGUGCAUUUGGAUGACUGGUACAAUCAAGAAAUUGAUUUUCUUCUGGAUGAUGCAAGUAACCCGAGGAAGUUGAAGAAACUUAAGAAAUUGUAUGAUGAGGUUUUAGAUACUGGGACCCACAAAUUGGCGUUGUAUUACAAGGACUGGCUCACGGAUGGCAUGGAGGCGCCCUUAAUUCCUACCAUUGAUGUUCCAUCAGUUUCUUUUCGGGGAGUUCAACGAGGAGGUUCACUUGUACAUGGCUCUUUAGAUUUCAGUACCCCAGCCAAUGCAUUUACACCUGAACAUAUGGUCACGAAGAAUUUAAACGAUUCGGGGAUCAAGCAUGCAUCAGUAGCUGGUGAUGUUGAAGUUCAUCAGACUAUGCAAAUGUCGGAUGAUGGAUCUUUGGUUGAAAAUAAAAUGACAGUGAUACACUCUUUGGAAGAAAGGGAAUACAAGGAUUUGCAUAUCAAACAAUAUGGUGAAGUCCAUCAUGAAGCACUAGGUGCCCGAGAAACAAUGGAAUUGCUUACAGAAAAUGUCUUAGGAAAAUAUAGAAAUGGCAUUCUGCAGCAAGAAUGUAGGAACGUCACCAACAUUUUACAAACCCUUUCAGUUUCAGAAGUCAAUGAACUUUCUCUAAAGAUGCUACAGAAAUCUGUUUUUCAACAAAAUGAGAGAUCCACCUGCCUGCCGCAUCUUGAUAAUGCACAUCCGCAAAUUGAAACAAGGCCUAUUAGUGGAGAAAGGGAACGUUAUUUUUUUGAUAUCCCUCAGGAUUAUAUAUGCCCUCUAACUGGACUUAUUUUCAAAGAUCCAGUGACCUUAGAGACUGGUCAAACCUACGAACGAGUUGCUAUUGCAGAAUGGUUCAGUGAGGGAAACAAAUCAUGUCCUGUAACCAAUGAAAUUCUGGAAUAUCAUAAGAUACCACGUACAAACUUUAUAUUGUGUCGAGUCAUUGAUAAAUGGAAAGCGGAGUACUCCAGAAAUAUAUUAGCUUUAGCAUGCCAGUUGGAAGGAAGCCCCCGGGAACAAAAAAGUAAAGACGAAGAGGCUAUAUUCAUAUUAGAGAAACUUUUUACUCUUUUUGGAGAAGGAGAAGAUAAAAGAAUCGGCAAACAACUUAUUGCAUUUGGUGGUUUACAGUUUCUCAUUAAAAAGUUUGAAUAUGGAGAUAUGGACGAGAAGACUUGCGUGGCUGCAUUGUUGUUAUGCUGCAUUAAGGCUGACUCUGGUUGUCGUAUAAACAUGACUAGAAGUAUUGAGAAGACCUGUUUGCUUGAAUUACUUCACUGUAAGGAAACAAAGUCAAUUGCAAAUGCCGUGUUGCUGCUCUUUGAACUGAUCUGUCUUAACAGGAGAAAGGAUGUCCAUUUUUUCUUGAAUGGCUUGCAGAAGGAAAGUAUAAUGAGCUCAAUGCACAUUUUACUGGUCUUUCUUCGUGAUUGUCCACCUGAGCAAAAACCCUUGAUUGCCGUGCUCCUGUUACACUUGGAUCUUAUGAUAGAUCAACAAAAGUAUAGCAUAUAUAGAGAGCAAGCUGCCGAUUUCAUUACGUCAGCUAUGAACACUAGUUUUGUAGAUGAUACAGUCAGAGUGACAUGCUGCAGAGCACUCCUUAUUUUGGGAGGACGUAUCUCUUUCUCUGGGAAGGUAAUGACUGAAGAUUGGAUCCUAAAGAAAGCCGGUUUCCUUGAUGGUCCUGAACUGGAGGCACAAGAAGAUGAAGUAACAGUCAAAGAUUACAUAUUGAAGGAAAGCGAGGAGGAGGAUGUGGCUGUUAACGAUUGGUUGAUGAAAAUGUCAGCAUUCCUUCUUAGUGAUAGGAAGACGUCAUUUUUACAUUUGCUAUCCCGGUGCUUAAAGUCUGGUCAUAGAGAUAUGACAAGGGUCUCCUUGACAACAAUGACAUGGUUAAGCUCUACUCUGGCUUUUUUACCUUACUAUAAAUCCCGGGUCUCAGUGUUCUCAGUUGUCAUCAAUCAAUUGAAAGAAAACCUUAAAGACGGUGAAAGUGUAGAGCACAGAAUUCUUGCAACCAUGUCCCUGUUAAAUUUCAGUAAAAUUCCAGAAUGCAAAGAGCUAUUGAUGACGAUUGCAGAUGAGAUAAUAGUACCUCUCAGGGACCUUUGUGAAGCAACUUGGAUGGCAAAGGAGUUAUCUGCUCUAAUUUGUCAAAAGAACAUUGAUAGUAUAAGAGGGCACAAAUGAAUGCCGACGUCAUCUUUUUUUCAGGCUAUAAAUAUAGUACUGCAACUUGAGGAAU